AAAGUCACACUCGCGGUUGUGGCCUUUACUUCUCCGUCGCCUCCUCGGAAGCAUCGAAAUGGGAAGCUGAACAAAGCUCUUCCCUCCUCCGUGUCGCCGCCACCGAAUGGCUGCCGGCAUCGGCGGCGGCGGCGAGAGCUCGGCCGCGGCCUCCUCCACCGCCACCGCCACCGCCAGGCCCAAGGCCAAGAAACGCCGCAACGACCACCUGGAGCCGCUCGUCUCCCUCCUCGCCGCCGCCACCUCCGCCGCGCGCUCCUUCCUCCUCCGCAACGACCUCAACCUCCUCCCCUCCCAGGCCCUAGCCCUCGAAUCCCGCGUCCACUCCGCCUCCUCCUCCCUCGGCUCUCUCGCCUCCCUCCUCUCCCUCCCGCCGCCGCCGAGACCCCUCCCUCCGCCGCCACCGCCGCCGCAGGACUGCUGGUUCCGCCGCUUCCUCUCCGCCACCCACGCCGCCGACUUCGACCCCCGGUGGACCCACUUCUUCCGCAUGUCCAAACCCUCCUUCUCGCUCCUCCUCCGCCUCGUCUCGCCUUCUCUGCAAUCGGCAUUGCCUUCGAUCCCUCCCGACCACGCCCUUGCCGCCGCCCUCUACCGCUUGGCGCACGCCACCCCGUACAAGGUGGUCGGGCGGCUGUUCGGCUUGGAUUCGGCCGACGCGUGCCGGUCGUUCUUCGCUGUCUGUAGGGCUAUCAAUGAGAACUUGGGGGAUUUGCUUGAGCUGUACUCUAACAGAGAGAGGAUCAUAGUGGGAUUCGGGUGGAUUUUGCUGCCGAAUUGUUGCGGGAUUUUAGGGUUCGGGAGGUUUCGGGUCGACGGUGAUUGGCUGGGGGGAAAUGGGUGCUUGUUAGUUCAGGCAUUGGUGGAUUCUGAGGGGAGGUUCUUGGAUGUCUCGGCCGGGUGGCCAAGUAGCUUGAGGCCCGAUUCGAUUUUGUGCCGGACGCCGCUGUUUUCGGCCGUGGAGGAAUCGAGGGAACUUCUGAGCGGGCCAAACUUCGUACUAAGUAAUGGGAGUUCGAUCCCGCAGUACAUUCUGGGUGAUGCCUGUUUCCCUCUAUUACCAUGGCUGUUGACCCCUUAUAAUGAGGAGAACAGUUUCAGCUCGAUCGAGAUGGAGUUCAAUUCCGUGCAUAGUCGCGCCAUGGGGUUGGUCCGCAGGGCGUUUGCGAGGGUCCGGGCACGGUGGGAGCUCCUCUCGAAGCCAUUGAAGGAGGAGCAUGUCGAGUUUUUCCCAAUCGUCAUAUUCGCAGGAUGCUUAUUGCAUAACUUUCUAAUGCAGUGCAGCGAGCCAGUUUUUGAUGAAAAUGGAGUUGGAGAGUGGGAGGAGGAUCAGGAGGUUCCGGCUUAUGAAGGCGAGGUGAACAAGUUUGGGCAGGUGGUUCGAGAUGCGCUUGCUCAGCAUCUGAGUUGGGUAAGCCUUAGAGACUAGAUAGUUCAAUGUAGCGUGGAAUUUUUGUUUUCGGAAUAUGUAUAUAUGUCUCUGUUUUGUGAGUGCAGCAAGCAUCUUCCCUUGUAAAGCAGGCCUUGAUUGUAAUGAUGUCUUCUUGAACAUGCUUUGCGUGGUUCUUUGCUGUGAUUGCAACUUUUCUCCGUAGUCCAUGUCACUAUCCGAUCGCCGUUUCAGUCAAUUUUGUUGACAAGAAUGACCAUCGUGUAGGAACCAAGAUGUCCUACUCAGCGGGGUUCAGAUGUCUCUGUUUUCUGAAUUUCAAUAGACUCAAUUUAGUGGAAUUGAAAGGAUCCUAAUUGAUCA